GCUGGGAUCAAAUUACGUUUUGCGUUUCAAGUGUUUUGCAGCGUAGGAGCUUCGUGGAUUUCCCGCCGUCGAAGAAAUUUUCCUGAUGUUGACAAUUUCAGCGCUCACCAUUUUAAAAAUAUGCAAAUUUCUUCGAAAGGUUAUGAAAUCGUCAUGCAAUUUGCAUGAAUAAUAAUAAUGCAAUGGGACACUGCGCUGACUGCGGAGCGAACAACAGCGUAAUUGAGAGAAGCGAAUUGUUUUAAAGUGAUCGAACAGCGAAAUAACUAAACAACGGCAGUUAUUUCUCAGCUGAGUGUCUGUGGAUGACGUAGCUCGUUUGUUCUAACAAAGGAUAAAGGCGUCAACUGGCCGGAAAAUUGUCGUCAAGACCAGUUUCUGAAUCCUUUCGUUUCUAACAGAGGGCGCGAGGUUUCGGUUGCUUGGUUUCAGAAUUUGGCGUCGAGUGCUUGUCACUCAAUACGUGCAGAGUUCGAGCCACCACUACUGCAUUGAGCCUGCCAUUGAGGUACUUCUUGUAAAUGCCAUCAAUUUGGCGUGGAUUUCGAUAACAAGAUUCCAGGCUUACAAAUUCAACUCUGAAACGAGGAAAACAAAAACCUUUGUCAGGAAGACAAAAUUAAGGUAAAAAGUUGCUAAUGGACACCUGCAUUUGAUGUUGUGGACCUCAUUAACGGGAUGAUUUAACCCAAGAACUUGUCAAAUUUGCGACUAUUUGAAUUAAAUUCUCGACUUUCUGAUUGUCAAGAGCCUGUAGAAUGAACAAACUUGUUCAGGUGUUUUAGAUCUUAGCUGAAGUUGUUUAAUCGAUAUGAGGACAAACGAAAAUUGGCCUGAAGCUUUCGGUUUCACUGUCGGUGGAAAAGCCCCUGUUGUCAUAUUGUCUGUGGAAGAAAAUUCCGUUGCUCAACGAGCAGGUCUUCAACCGGGUGAUCAGAUACUUGAAGUAAAUGGUGAAAAUGUCCAAGGAUUAAGUAAAGAGGAAAUCAUCCUACUGGCUAAAAGAUCGCGAACGGUUCCACCGGCGUUGGCAGUGAUUUCCCGAAUCAGAACGUUUGAUCUUCGUCGGCGAAGAGGUCGGUUUGGUUUUGCAGUUCGCGGCAAAGGUCCUGUUUUCAUCGCAGAAAUUGAACCAAGUAGUCCUGCACAAAAUGUCGGUGUUCGUAGUGGAGAUCUCGUUCUUCGUAUAAACGGUGUUAAUGUGAGACACAAGAACGAGCAUGAAGUAGGUCAAAUGAUAGAUUCCUGUGGUCCUACGAUUUCUUUAGUUCUUAUUGCUGGCGCUGCAGAUAUGGGAAUAACCGAGAAGCGAGGCACAAAGAGUUCUUCUUCAAGGUACCAACGUGCAAGAGACUUCUUCGUGCAGGUAAGUUAGAAAAAUGAACGAUAUACAUUGUAGCUUUUAUUAAUUGUUAUUUAUCGAAGUUCUUGUCUCUGUUGAUAUAAACAUAACGUUUACAUUGCUACCAUGGCGUGUAUAUUGAUAAACUGUUGUAUAAUUCUGCUAAAGCGAUUAACUUGUACUUCAAACCUUGUUGGGCCGUUUUCGUUGCUUACCUAAGUGGGUUCUCUAUUAUCACUGUUAACGUGGAAAUAUUAUUGCGAGAUUCUAUUUCGUGGUCAUCAUCGUUAAUUUGAUACCUAUAUUGCCAUGUACAUUUUUAAUUUGUGGCAACAAAAUUAUCUUUUAUUCGCAUGGAGUAAGCUUUUUAGUAAGAAUUAUCAAAAUUUCUGAUACAAUUCAAUUUUGAAAGAGAGUGCAGCUGGUUGAUGUUGAGUUUCCGUCAUGUGCGAGUUUGUACGUUAUUUUGGUGACUGAGUCGAAGUUAUAUUAAUUUUGAUAAUUAAAUUUUCUUUUUGAAAAAUGACAUUGCGCUCAGUUACCGGUAUAUAUUAGCCCUGAUAUUGAUAAUAUUAACUUAAGCUUUUAUAGGGUAACUAAUUGUCUAUUUAUCAUUUAAUUUCUUUUUUAAUAUCGUAAAUGUUUGUGUCAAGAUGAAUUAUUACCUCGCUGGUCAAGAAACCAAGAAAAAGAUGCUCAUAAAAGCCCUCAACCAGUUUGCACGAGACAGGUCUGUUGAGGAACUGGCACAGAGCCUUAAAGUAAUUCUUAAAAUGCCUGUGGAAAGGAAGCUUUUAAAAGAAAUAAGGUAAGGUUUCAAGUUGAGCUUCACUGGGCUAUUCUUAUUGCUUGAGAUUUUGUUGCUCUCCUUGAUCCCAAGCAAAUCUUAAAAAUCAUGUACUGUACAUUUUAUUAUUUGAAAGGAUUCAAUUCUCUCUUGCUCUUUCAUCAGUGAAAACUGUAUUUUAUAAUGGGCACCCACUGUGUCUUUUUGGGGUCCUACUGAUGAACAGUUACUGCAUUUAGUUACUGUGUACUUGGAGCCCUAGGUAUUAAUUAUGGGCGCUAUCUAUUCAACCAAAAUUCAGAGGAUCUUGUUUACUGUGGGUAAUGUCGACCGAGAUAUCGGUCGACAUAGCGGUCGAUAUAGCGGUCGACAGUCGGUCGAUAGUCGGUCGACAGUCGGUCGAUAGUCCGUCGGUGGUCGGUCGAUAGUCGGUCGGUGGUCGGUCGAUAGUCGGUCGAUGGUCGGUCGAUAGUUGGUCGAUAGUCGGUCGAUAGUCGGUCGAUAGUCGGUCGAUAGUGAGAUAGACUAUCGGCCGAGUAUCGGUCGAUAUUUCGACGACGCACCUCGACUUGCUAUCGGUCAUAUGUCGGUGAUAUAUUGGUCAACUGUCGGUGGUAUAUCAGUCAACUGUCGGUGGUAUAUCGGUGAACUGUCAGUGGUAUAUCGGUCAACUGUCGGUAGUAUAUCGGUUAACUGUCGUUCGAAUAUCAGUCGUGUGUUAAUUUAUCAGGUGAGUCCAAUGGCUUUUUUUAAAGCAAAGACGUCAUUAAUUACUGUUCAUGACAUGCUUUAAGAGCGAGGAAUACACAUCUUUUAUUAUCGGGCUUUGACCUGCUUCAUCACGCCAAGUUCUCGCUUGUGCAGAGAAAACGAGGGGAGGAAAUGUCUGCGAAAAGGUGGUGGGCAUCGAUACAGAUAGGCUAAAUCCCGUUCACAUGAAUUAAAAGAAAAGGCUAGAUAAAUGACAAAUAGCUAUUAAUCCGGAAUUUUGGCUAAGUACAUUGAAGUUUGAAAUUAAAAAAGCAGAAACACAAUUUAAAAAAACAGUUAGGUCCAAGCUAGAAAAUGCUUUCUAAUUCCUUGUUUUCCAAGCUAAAAAAUGUAGGAAAUGCUAAGUGUCGACCGACCAUCGACGGAGUGUCGACCAAUUACUGACCGAUACAUCGGUCAAGUAUCGACCAACUAUCGACCAACUAUCGGCGAAGUGUCGGCGAAAUGUCGGCGAAAAGUCGGCGAAGUGUCGGUGAACGAAAAGCUAUAUCGGCCGAGACACAUCUGGAACGACUAUCGACCGUGUCUCGACCGAGUGUCGACCCACUAUCGACCGACUAUUGACCGACUAUCGACCGCUAUAUCGACCGACUGUCGACCGAGUGUCGACCGAGUGUCGACCGACUAUCGACCGAGUGUCGACCGCUAUAUCGACCGCUAUAUCGACCGAUAUCUCGGUCGACAUUACCCACAGUAAACAAGAUCCAAUUCAGACAGGUCCAACCGGGAAAAGUGGUCCACCUCAAAAGGUUGACCAGUUUUUUCGAAACUUUUCUGGUUGGACUGAACCCAUCCAUUGAGUUUUGGACUGAAAUUUCUGGAAAUUUUGGUUGAAUGGAUCGUGCCCUAUGUCUCAAGACUGUCCUCUUAAAUUUUUAGAUGUCAUGUGACAUCAAAGUAACCUGUGAGAGCAUGCGCUGCUGGGAAAAAAAUUCUAGCUAUAUAACAAAAUAAUGAUAAUAUAUUAAAGUUUUUUUAGAGAUGUUUCUUGUACUUUAACCAGUAAGCCCUUUACAAUACCAAUUCCUUAAUGACUUAAUGGAAGAUUAUGUCUAAAUAUGGUAUGUUUCUUGUGUGUCCUGUGUAGGAGUUUUAUUCCCAAGAAGGAUCAGCCUUUAUUUGACAUUCUUGUUGGAAACAAUGGGGAAAUCAUGCAGGCCAGAAGAGAGCAAGCUGAUGAUGAAUUGUUACCAGAUUUAGCAAGUGCCUCAGACCUAGAAUUUUCUACAUACAAUAGCCAUCAUCCUGCCCCAAUUGGCAGGUUUGGGUAUGUACAGUGUAAUUGCUGCCGGCAGCCUUGACCCCUAAGAGUUAGGGCUAUGAAAAUUUCAAAUUUUUCUUUUGGAGCACACCCCCAGGUAGGGCUUUCCACAAGUUGCUCGAGAUUUCCCAAAAAGGUUCCCGUAAUUUCUCAAAAAGUUGCUCAAAAGUUGCUCUUUCUAAUGAAAGUUGCUCAAAGUCGCUCAAAAAAGUAAGGUCUCUGAGUAUUUUUGCGCAAUUUUUUCGGUAAAACCAGCAUAACUUUGUCCUCACUUAAAACCAAAAAAUGUUUGAGUAAAGACUAUGCAUCUACAUUAAGAUUAAUCUUGUAAAAAUUCUAGUAUGAGCCAAUGAAAUUCUUCACAUGACCUUCACCUGAGACAAUCGAGUUACUUGAGUGUGAAUCUUUGUCCACCAUUUUGAAUUUUCUUUAAAAACCAUCUGACCCAGCAGUCCAGCUGCAUACAUCUUACGCCCAUGAUCUGCCCCAGCUAGAGGGGACUGGUUCCUUUUUCACAGGAAAUUCAUAAAUUGUCUACUAAAACACAUUGUGAAUUUUGGAGGAAAGGCUAAUUUAAGUACUAAAAGCUCCUCUGUUAUCUCCCACUAGAGAAAUUACUCAGAAUAGUACAAAAAGUUUCUCGAAAUACAAGAAGUUCAGUGCCAAAAAGUUGCCGAGCAACUUGUGGAAAGGCCUAUUCCCAGACUCUCCUAAAAGAAGGGACCUUUAACCCUCCCCUUGUUGUUACCAUUGAUUGCUCUAUUCAAAAGUGCUGGCUACUUCAAUUUUAAAUGAAACCCUUCCAGUUAUAUUGAAACUGAGAAAUUUGAGUAUAAAAUUUGUUGUUUCUGUCAGCACUUGGUCACAUGGAACAAGCAGUAAUUUGGCGUGGCAGAAAGUGAAAGACAAUGCUGCUGGUCCCCCAAGGUAUCAUCUGUAUAUAAAUGUUUUAUUAUUAUUUGUUUCUAUCCGUGUGUAAUGUAACUAGUUGAUGUACUGUACAUGUACGCAUGUUGUCUGUAACAACUGGCCAGUCAUCCAUUUACUAAACUAUGGAUCUUACGGGGGAUUACAUGUAACUAAGGUGGUGUAGUUCCUGCAAGGUUUGUGAGGUUUUGAGAGAAAAGUUUGUUUAGUGGUGCAAUUAACACUCUCCUCACAAUUUUCAUGGUAGGACUGUUCAAGUUCAAAGAGACGGAGCUGGUGCAGGGUUUGGGUUUACUCUUAGUGGAAGCUCCCCUGUGUUUAUUAAGACUGUCGAUAGAGGUAUGGUGCAAUAUUUUAUUGGGUUUGUUUGAUUAUUUAAUACAUAUAUAACCAUGAAUCAAACAGUGCCAAUAAGUUGAGGCAUUUAAAAAACAUUUUUGUAAUCACAUCAAAGGGUUUUGUCCACUAACUUGACUUGUGUACUGUGAAGGCGUGUGUGUGGCCGAGUGGUUACACCGUGAACUCCAGAUCUGAAGGUCUGGGGUUCAACCCUGUCAUGUUGUUUCCUGAGACAAGGAAGUUACUCCACUUUGUCCCUCUUCACCCAGGUGUGUAAAUGGAUACCAGUGACAUACUGCUGGGAGGUAACCCUGCAAUGGACUAGCAUCCUGUCCAGGGGGGGAGUAGCAAUACUCCUAGGUGCUUCAUGCUAAAGAAACCAGGAUGAGCUCUGGCUGUUUGGGCUUUUGGAUCGUGUGCGCCUUUACCUACCUUUUUAACUUGUCUUGUGUAGUUAGCUACUCUGUGGGGUUUCUCUGUACAGUAAAUUAUGUGAUAGUGAAAUAAUUCAAUUCAGCCACCUGUGGAUGAAAGCUUCUUUUUGACCUAGAUUACUUCAUACAUUGUUUGUAAAGCAUCCAAUGUAUUCUUUUUGUUUUAUUUAAGGUGGAGCAGCGUUUCAUGCUGGACUGAAAGCUGGAGACCACAUUCUGGAAAUAAAUGGAUUAAAUGUCAGGUAAUAAAUUAACUGUAAGGUUUGAUGCAUAAAUAUAAAUUUAUCUAUUAGGGCUGGGAUCCUUUUUUUAACAAUAGGUGUACAGGAUUCAAGUUGGGGCGGGGGCGAGUUAAAAACACCUCUUUGUCCAAUAAUAUUUAAGCACUACUGUAUUUCUGGUUUUCACUCCCAGUGUCAAAAAUCCAAGUUAAAACCAUUCACAUCCAGUAAAUAGUAGUCUAAGAUCUGGAGAAUGAAGGAAGAUAAAUAUACUUACAGCCUCUCUUUCUCUAAGCCACCAAUGAAACUAUUAUAUGUGGGGUUAUGCAAAUGUUUAGAAAUUCAAGGAUACUCUAUCACAGUGUGAACAACUAUUUCACACUGAAAAUAGGUAAAAUAAAUGUAUUUAGCUGCUCAUGAAAGCAAAACCUCAGAAGAACGGAUAUUUUUUCCAGCAAUUCUGCACAAAGCAACUACAAUGUGUACAGUAGUGAGACACAUACUUGUACAUGUACAUGUGUCUGUAAAAUUUUACAUGUGGCCUCUCUCUUGUUUUGGGUGUAAAUAUGCCUUACAGUGUUCACUGAAUAUGUAUUGCAUGGAUUAUACAUGUGUGUACUGGGCCUGUAUUGUUGAUCCAGCAAGGAAUUGAGCCCAUCCCUACGUAUACUGCUCCUUUAAAAGCCUAAGGCGUCAAGUGUUGCUUGACAAACCCAUUUGGAUGUUGCCUGGGAACAAAUUAAUGGACUUUUAUUAGUUUAAUUGGUGCAUAUGUUACGGGUCAAAAUUAAAUUCAGGUUCAAAUUUAUUAGCCUAGGAUGAUUUUCAAUUCCCUUUGUCUCCUGGCCCUAAUUAUUCCUGAAUUAGGGCUAGGAGACAUAUGAAAUUGAGAAUCAACCUAGGUAAAAAAAUUUGAACCUGAAUUUAAUUUUUGACCUGUGACAUUUACAUGUAUGAAUUGAACAUUUAAUCACCUUAAAUGUAUCUAAUCUCUCAAUAGGGGCAAGCCACACAAUCAUGUAGUACGGCUUUUAAAAGGAAGUGGUUCUCAUCCAACUCUCUUGGUUCAGUGGCGACCCACAAGUGCUUUGAAACACCAGUCAUCAUUAUCAUCAAUUCCUUCAUCAAGCAGGUCAUCACAGCUGUCGGUAACAUUUGAAAAUGAAAGACCAGCAACUGUCUCAAGGUGUUCUUCCAGGGCAUCAAAGGCUUUCUCUAUCAGGAGUGAUCUGUUCACGAAUGGAACAGGUUACAGUAAGGAUGAUCUUCGUAUACUGUCCAGGCAGUUCAAAAUUCAGGUGAGGUAAUGUUUGGGCUUGAUGGCAUAGUGCAAUCUAGUUGAUGCUUUUGUUAGGAAUGUCUUUAUUCACGGGAUUUUUGGUACACUGUACCGAAUGUACNUAUUUAGCUGCUCAUGAAAGCAAAACCUCAGAAGAACGGAUAUUUUUUCCAGCAAUUCUGCACAAAGCAACUACAAUGUGUACAGUAGUGAGACACAUACUUGUACAUGUACAUGUGUCUGUAAAAUUUUACAUGUGGCCUCUCUCUUGUUUUGGGUGUAAAUAUGCCUUACAGUGUUCACUGAAUAUGUAUUGCAUGGAUUAUACAUGUGUGUACUGGGCCUGUAUUGUUGAUCCAGCAAGGAAUUGAGCCCAUCCCUACGUAUACUGCUCCUUUAAAAGCCUAAGGCGUCAAGUGUUGCUUGACAAACCCAUUUGGAUGUUGCCUGGGAACAAAUUAAUGGACUUUUAUUAGUUUAAUUGGUGCAUAUGUUACGGGUCAAAAUUAAAUUCAGGUUCAAAUUUAUUAGCCUAGGAUGAUUUUCAAUUCCCUUUGUCUCCUGGCCCUAAUUAUUCCUGAAUUAGGGCUAGGAGACAUAUGAAAUUGAGAAUCAACCUAGGUAAAAAAAUUUGAACCUGAAUUUAAUUUUUGACCUGUGACAUUUACAUGUAUGAAUUGAACAUUUAAUCACCUUAAAUGUAUCUAAUCUCUCAAUAGGGGCAAGCCACACAAUCAUGUAGUACGGCUUUUAAAAGGAAGUGGUUCUCAUCCAACUCUCUUGGUUCAGUGGCGACCCACAAGUGCUUUGAAACACCAGUCAUCAUUAUCAUCAAUUCCUUCAUCAAGCAGGUCAUCACAGCUGUCGGUAACAUUUGAAAAUGAAAGACCAGCAACUGUCUCAAGGUGUUCUUCCAGGGCAUCAAAGGCUUUCUCUAUCAGGAGUGAUCUGUUCACGAAUGGAACAGGUUACAGUAAGGAUGAUCUUCGUAUACUGUCCAGGCAGUUCAAAAUUCAGGUGAGGUAAUGUUUGGGCUUGAUGGCAUAGUGCAAUCUAGUUGAUGCUUUUGUUAGGAAUGUCUUUAUUCACGGGAUUUUUGGUACACUGUACCGAAUGUACAUACACUUAUGGAAUGAGAGUCAAUUCAGAGGCUGAACUUGUGGGGAAUCAUUUUUUUGUGAUCAGCAGGGUAAAUUUUAGUUAAGGCAAUUCUAGUCAAGUGGUCCUAUUUUCUGCCUCAAGUAAGAACCCUUUUAAUAACAUGUACAAGAAAUAUGUUCACUGUACAUUUAUAAGAGUUAUCCACUAUGCUUCAAUUAAGUUUAGAGUUCUUUCGUGACUUACACAUGCUUCAAAAUGGAUGAAAAUAAAAAUAUGUGUACUUAAAAAAUUUUGAUACUGUUUCAGAUGAGCCAACUUCUUACACGUGGAGAGCAGCUUUUCAUUAAACAAAGCCUUGACCAGUAUAGUAAAGACAGGCAAGUUUGCUUUCUUAGUGUAGUAUUGUGAACACAAUAAUCAUAAUAAUCUCUCUCUUCUCUGGGAACAAAUGAAACAAAAUUAAUCUCGAAAGUACGUAAACAUAACAACUAGGUAAAAACCCCAUCUGGUGACCUAAGAGUUUACCAGGCCAGUGGGCUAUUCACAUGUGUAGCUGAGGAGUUGCACUUGGAGAGAGUGNAUUAAAUUCAGGUUCAAAUUUAUUAGCCUAGGAUGAUUUUCAAUUCCCUUUGUCUCCUGGCCCUAAUUAUUCCUGAAUUAGGGCUAGGAGACAUAUGAAAUUGAGAAUCAACCUAGGUAAAAAAAUUUGAACCUGAAUUUAAUUUUUGACCUGUGACAUUUACAUGUAUGAAUUGAACAUUUAAUCACCUUAAAUGUAUCUAAUCUCUCAAUAGGGGCAAGCCACACAAUCAUGUAGUACGGCUUUUAAAAGGAAGUGGUUCUCAUCCAACUCUCUUGGUUCAGUGGCGACCCACAAGUGCUUUGAAACACCAGUCAUCAUUAUCAUCAAUUCCUUCAUCAAGCAGGUCAUCACAGCUGUCGGUAACAUUUGAAAAUGAAAGACCAGCAACUGUCUCAAGGUGUUCUUCCAGGGCAUCAAAGGCUUUCUCUAUCAGGAGUGAUCUGUUCACGAAUGGAACAGGUUACAGUAAGGAUGAUCUUCGUAUACUGUCCAGGCAGUUCAAAAUUCAGGUGAGGUAAUGUUUGGGCUUGAUGGCAUAGUGCAAUCUAGUUGAUGCUUUUGUUAGGAAUGUCUUUAUUCACGGGAUUUUUGGUACACUGUACCGAAUGUACAUACACUUAUGGAAUGAGAGUCAAUUCAGAGGCUGAACUUGUGGGGAAUCAUUUUUUUGUGAUCAGCAGGGUAAAUUUUAGUUAAGGCAAUUCUAGUCAAGUGGUCCUAUUUUCUGCCUCAAGUAAGAACCCUUUUAAUAACAUGUACAAGAAAUAUGUUCACUGUACAUUUAUAAGAGUUAUCCACUAUGCUUCAAUUAAGUUUAGAGUUCUUUCGUGACUUACACAUGCUUCAAAAUGGAUGAAAAUAAAAAUAUGUGUACUUAAAAAAUUUUGAUACUGUUUCAGAUGAGCCAACUUCUUACACGUGGAGAGCAGCUUUUCAUUAAACAAAGCCUUGACCAGUAUAGUAAAGACAGGCAAGUUUGCUUUCUUAGUGUAGUAUUGUGAACACAAUAAUCAUAAUAAUCUCUCUCUUCUCUGGGAACAAAUGAAACAAAAUUAAUCUCGAAAGUACGUAAACAUAACAACUAGGUAAAAACCCCAUCUGGUGACCUAAGAGUUUACCAGGCCAGUGGGCUAUUCACAUGUGUAGCUGAGGAGUUGCACUUGGAGAGAGUGAGGUUUGAACCUCGAGGGAGAAUGCAUUAAACUUACUCAUAGUAAGAGUCCAGCUAUGAGAAACAUGUGUGAGGGACAUUAUUUUCAGUCAAAAUUUUGUAUUUUAUAAGGCACGUUUCAUUACUUGUAGAUGUGAUACUUCUUUUGUCAUGUGUGGUAUUUUUUGCAGAGGUGUCUGUCCCUUUUCAUUGUUGUGUAUGUUAGUGAGUUAAUUACAGAUUCUUGGUUAUUUGAAAUUGUCUUUAGUUUGUCUGUCUUAAAGAAUUUUAUGAAAAUGUGGAAAGGGAAUUUUUAUUGCUAAAUCUUUGCCUGACAAUUUUUAGAAAUGUCCAGAGAUUAAUUAAUGCCUUGGAACCUGUUUUGGACGAUGGAGCAAAGCUCCAAAUGUUGCACUACUUGAGUGAACUUCUUCCAGCGGAAGAACAACAAGCAUUUGACAGAGCAGCAGCAAGAAUGAUAUCAAGGAAGAUGAAUGGUGAGGAAAAUAUUCCAGAAAAAUUGUAGUGCUGUUACGGUGGGGACACUCAAACCGAGACGUUCAGUAGAUGAUUGUCCAAUCACAAUGUUUUCUGAAAACAAAUGGACCAGUGAAUAAGUGUCCCGGUUUGAGUGUCUGCACUGUAAUCUUAUGGUGACGAUGAAGACAUUUGUACUCUGUACUGUAUUGAUGAGGAUGGUGAUGAUGUUAUUUUGGUUAUGGAUGAUGAUGAUAAGUCUGAUAAUGUUGAUGGUGAUUAUAAUGGUGAUGAUGAUUGUACUGAUAAUAACAGAAGAGUUUUAUGGCAGAUUGAGGAAGGUGAUAAUAAUGUUGUUUUUGUGGUUGUCAAUGAUGAUGAUGAUGAUGAUGAUGAUGAUGAUGAUGAUAAGGAAUGUAGCUAAAGAAAAGCUAAGCUAGUCAAGUCUUUGUCAAUUGCACCUACAAAAUUUCCCCUUGUCCGUUCCACAGAAAUGUAAGCCAGUGGUAAGGUUGCUCUCAGCCAGCGAAAUUAACCAUCCGCUGUCUCUAAGCAACAUCCCUGAUUGAUGAUGAUAAUAGGGAGCUUAAGCAAUGACAACAGCGACAGCUAUGAGAACGUCACUUAAAAAGUGAAUUCGCUCUGCCUCUUUAUUCCAUCUCAUUUAGUUCAUCUUUUGGAGUUGAAUUCUAAAGGACUGUAUCAAAGUUCUAGAAAAGAAAUUGGAAGUUGUUGUCUUGUGUCUCCGUCCUCUACAAAAGUGAAAUUAGGCACUUUCUCAUUUAUGGCUGAGAAAUUUACAAAGAAGCCUGAUGCACAUGCAAAAUUGUUUUUUUUCCAAUCUAACCCUAUUGCUUUUUUGCCGUUGCUUUGUAAUAAUAGUAAUGGCGGUCUUAAAGACAUUUGUAUCGGCCACAAUGAUGACUCUUUUUGUGGAGAGUAUUAGUUGAUCGCUUUCCUGCCAAUCAGUAAUCAUUUUGAUUUGCUUUUAUCAAUCAAUUAGAAUUCCAGGGAUUCCAUUUUUGUCCCUAGCACAUUACCCUUUUUCUUCUUUAAAACUGUCUGCCACAGAAAAAUUCAAUUGGGACACAGUGGUGUAGUGUGAGGUAAGUUACAUGUAAACAAGGUAGUCUAUAGACAGUUUUUCUAGCUGUACAUGACUGGUCCACUCCGGCAUGAGUGUGAAAAUUUCUGUUGUUAUUUCUCUCCCUCUCUUUUUUAAUAAUCAUCAUCAUCAUCACCAUCAUCAGCUGCAUCAUCACCAUUCCGGUGUGGCAUCUUGUUCACAAGAUCCUCCCCUUUUUAAUAUUAACUACAGGUAGUAGCACUAAAUCAUGCACUGUUGCAUCCAACCUUCCAUUGCAGAGGGAGUGGUAACGUGACUCUUUAAUACACAUAAAUUGCUGCAAAACUUUAACAAGUUUUAAAUUCUUUCAUUUCAGCUGGUGUUGUUCCCAGUUUGGAUACCAACAAUGAUGAAGUAGUUGAUGUUCUUUACAGAGUACAGGCCAUGCGACUUUCUGAUGCACCCAGACAACGCAUAACAACUCCAGGAGGAGGUAAAUAAAACCAGAUCCAAAUCUUUUCGAAUACUCAUGAAUACAGCUGUUUCAUUGCACUUUCACAUGUGAUCUUUCCAGCUUGCCAUAAAUUCAGAACAAUAAUUAAUCAAGCAAAUAAUAAUAUAUAUUUUUGCUACAGGAAAAUACAAAAAAGAGGAGGAACUGUACAAAGGAAAAAUUGCAAUAGCAUCAAAGAAAAUAUUAGUGGGAAACUAUUCACCGACUACCCUUCCUUACAAAGGGCAGAUUGCAUACAGUGUACUAUAGUGCUCUUCUGUGUACUACAAAAUGCUAUUUGUUGAGGUUUUGUUGCUUUUACUUAUUAUUAUAAUUUGUUCUUUCAACUUUUCAUCACCUGUAUGUAAAUUUGAUUUGCAUUUUUUUAGUCUUGUUGCUGUGUAACAAAGAUUUGUGUGACCUUUAUCCAAGCCGCUGGUCCCAGCUGAUCCAGUGGAAAAUUACCUUUUCCUCAGCUUGGAGUUGUUUUAAAGGCGAACAAAUGUUCGAUUAAUUGACAUUUUUUUUUUCAGUCACAUCUGAUGAACCCCGUGGUAACUGGCCCGGUGCUGGAGUGGUCAGAGGACGAACUAGUCCAGGAAGUGGUUAUGGUAAGCAACUGCCGGAUGCUUUCUUGUCAUCUUAGGAGUGAAUGUCUGUAAAAAUAUCGGGCAACCGACGACCACGGUCAGAAAUUAAUUUUCGCUCAUACCUUGUCGAUAGAUAGGUGUUAGUAAGUAACUAAACGUGGUGUAGUUUGUUUUUCAAAAGGCCGCUUGGAUUUGGAGAAAAAUGACAAAAUCAAUUUUCGUGGUCGGCGACUUGAAAACAACCAAAAUUUGAGGCAAAAUGAGGCGGUCUCAAAACUUCGCUCGCACGCACACAGGAAGAAAGCGGGGUAAAAUAUUCCCCGAUAAGUCAAUUUGUAAACGGUUUUAGCCCUAGUAUGGCGGUUAAUUCUUAUCUUAACGAUAAUGUGGAAGGUAAACAAUUAUAUUUUAGUUUUGGUUCUUUAACAAGUGAACGAAGUGUAAAUUUAGGCUUAAAGUCGCGAUUUAACUUUUAGGCAUGUGCUACACCUUGGUUUUUCCUGAAGCUCAAGCUAUAAGUUAGUGAAACAUUGUGCUAAAACAUAUGUAAGAACUGGCUUGGGUAAUUUAAUUUGCCCUUCAGACGAACCUUCUGUAGCCUCCCACGCAGGCAUUUUUAGGGGAGCUCGUAAUGCAAAACGAGCUCCCCUAAAAACGCCUGUGUGGGAGGCUAAACCUUCUGAACUUGAACAAAUUUUGAGUGAAACAUGACACAUUUGCAUUAGUUCACUAACGCCUUGCUGUUGCCGAAACGGAUUAUUGUCGUUUCCUGAGAAGAAAUCUGAUGUACUUCUAUAGUACGAUAACUAAUUUGCUAACAUGCAAUUGGAAUUAAACUUGAUUGAAAUAACCUUUAUAGUAUGGGGCACUUUUCUUACUUUAUCUACUCUCGCAUUUUGUAAUUUGACCUCCAACGAAAGGUCAUUUGAGACGGGCCAGGUUAUUAAAAUGUUACUGAAACCGAAUGAGCAUCAUGAUCUAAAUUUUUAAGGUGGUUGAACAAAAUAUAUCACAAGAAAAAUAUGUUUUUAAGACAUUUUCGGCGAUUUGAGAGAUGUUCUUACCAUUUAAUAGAAUCAGUUACAACAUACAGCCAGUCACAAUGUGAGAAGACAAGGAGUGGUGUUGUGCGACAACGGACACCAUCCUUCGAAUUGAGGAAGAUUGAGCAGAAAAAAAAUUUGUUCAUACAUUUUUUUGAUGUUUUCAAAGUUAUUUGUUCAAUUAUACAUCAACUGAAAGGUUGCAUAGUCUGACUUCCAACAAUACUUGAUCUAAAAGUGUAAAGUGGUCAGUUUUUGACUCCAACGUGAUAAAAGUAUUGACUAAGGGAUUUGGAAAACAUCAAAAUCAUACACCCUGCCAGUAGACACGAACACUGAGUAGGUUUUAAACUUUGGACAACCUCGAUAAAUGAUCUCGGAAGCUUUUUUUUGUUUUGAGUGAAGAAUCACAAUAAAAAAAUGAUGCUAUUUCAUAUAUAUAUAUAUAUAUGAAAACGGAAUAGGUAGUAGCCAAGCAAGAUUCAGAGCCACCCUUCCACAAAAUAUAUAUAUAUAUAUAUAUAUAUAUUUUGUGGAAGGGUGGCUCUGAAUCUUGCUUGGUUACUACCUAUUUUCGUCAGGGAUAGUAGAGCGAGGGAAACGCGAGCGCGCGUGAAAAUCACCCCACGCGAGAAAAGGCGACACGCGGCGGGGAGAGAGAAAAUUUUCUCUCAAUUUUCUCUCUCCCCCCCUCUUUUGGAGAACCCAGCUAUCGUGACUUGUCGAGCACAACCGACCGACGUUCUUGAAAAGCCUCAUAUUUUCAAGCUAAAUUUAUUCAACUUCAGAAGGUUCGUGUGAAGUACAAAUUUAAUUUCCCAGGCCAAUUCUUACAUAUGUUUUAGCACAAUGUUUAAAUAACUUAUGCCUUGACUUUCAGGUUAAACCAAGGUGUAGCACAUGCCUAAAAUAUGAAAUAAAAACGCAACUUUCAAUCUAAAUUCAAAUUUCCUUUAGUUGAAAAAGAAUCCAAACUAAAAUAGCAUUGUUUAUCUUCCAGAUUACCGUUAAGAUAAGAAUUCAUCACUAAACCAGCAGUAGAACCCGUUUAUAAAUUGAUUUAUCGGGGAAUAUUUUACCCCGCUUUCUUCCUGUCUGCGUGCGAGCAAAGUUUUGAGACCGCCUCAUUUUGCCAAGUCUCAAGUCGCCAACCACGAAAAUUGAUUUUGUCGAUUUUCUCCAAAUCCAAGCGGCCUUUUGAAAAACAAACUACACCGCGUUUAGUUACUUACUAAUACCUAACUAUGGACAAUGUCUGUGAGCGAAAAUAAUUUUUUGACUGUGGCCGCGAAAUUUCGAUUUUCCUCGAUUUAUACAGACAUUUGCUAUUAAGAUUCUGUUUGAAUUGACCAACAUAAAAACUACAAAAUCAAUUACAUUUUUGCAUGCAUUUAUCAUCCAUUAUUAAUUUUUUUGAAAAUUCUGUCAGCGAAAUGUUUUUCUUAAAUCCACUAGCCCGAAAAAAAAAUCACCUUUUUGACUUGCCUUCAUAAUUUGUUUUAUUAAUCAACAGGUGGGUAUGACUUGGAUACAGUUCCAGUGCGUGAUAUGUCUCCCAGGUCUCCAAGGCAUGGUACACCAGAUUCAGGAUGGGAUGAUGAUGAUGACCUUGAUUUAGGACUUGGUAAUUAAAGAUAUUCACUUUAGAAACUUGAAUUAGUUUUCUUUAUAGACCAAAGACUGAAUAGUAAAAUGGUGUCGUCAUCCAAAUGCCUUAUUCAAGUCCAUUAAACCACCCUUCAAAGGGUAGCCUUUUUAAAUUCUACAAAUAAAAAGUUCAAAAUACUUUAAAGACAAUCAAACCUUUUGUUUUGGACACAACCUCUACAUUGUCGACACCUCAUCUCUGUCAGGACAGUUGUUUUGGUUCCAAAGGUGCCAAACUUACAGCCCUAUCCUCCAUAAUACAGCAAACAGUUUGCUUUUAAAAUGAGGAACCUUUAAUUUGCCCCUUUGGUGUUUCCGAAAGACUCUGCUAUGACUGUACCUUCCUUUGUUUCUUGCUGUUUGCUAAAUUGUUUGUUAGUAUUGUAUUUGUUUGCUUGUCGUGGCGGUUUUGGUUGAACGUUGAAUUUAGUACUUUUGAUAUCACUCGCUUUGUGAUGCAAAUGGUUAAGGAAUUAAAUGCAAAGAAUAUCUUCGCAGUUUAAGACGCAACUUUAUAUACAGUUGCGAAAAGAAAACCUGAAAAAUUCAGGCUCGCCGGGAUUCAAACCCCGAGCAUUGCGAUACCGGUGCUGCGCUCUAGCCAAUUAAGCUGGUAAUAUUCCCGAAAAAUAUGAAGAUGAAAUGAUGAAUAUAUAACUUUCAUAUAUUUGAACUGCAGAGUGAAGAAAUAAAUGCAAAGAAGAUCUUCGCAGUUUAAGGCACAACUAAUGCACUUGCGAAAAGAAAGUGUGGAAUUAACAUUCUUUGUUAUUUUCUGUGUCAACAACAGAAGAACUAGCAGAUGCCCUCUUAGCAGACGAAAUGAGAAAAUCAAGCGUAACAAGUAUCCAAACACAAGCGCAAGUACACAGUCCUAUUGGAGCAUCCACUACUGGAGUUCAGUCAUCUCUUCCUACAGGUCCAGUUACUUCAACCCCUCGUUCAGGAUUGUCUAUUGGCAGUGGUGAUAGCGGCAUUGGAGAAACUUCUAGUGAGGCGUCUGGUGUCAGUAUAGAGAAAGUACAGCAUCAGUUGGCGAUAACUACACAAGAGCUGAUGGAAACUAAAGAAGCGCUGGAAAAUAGCGAGAAAACAAUAUCCGAACUGAAAGGGAGAGGAGAAGCUGGGGGUAAAAUACAUGUUGAUCUGAGGUUUAAAAUGCGUCCCUACCUGAAAAGAAAUGAUUUUUGGUUCAUUGUAUCUACUUAUAAUAAAUAUGCCACAAAACAAUAUUUAAUGAAAAAAAAGUUAUAUGGUACACUGUAGGAUGAUGGAAGAUGAUUGUUUCUUUCGCCGGUAGAACACUUUAUUUCGAGGUUAAAUAUAGUUGGGGUCAAAUUGCUGUCAGAGAAUCCUUUGAAAAUACUCUGCAUUCAAAAUUACAUUGAAUUUGAACUGUAUGGGACCUAGCUUUGAGAAAGAUGAUGAUGAAGGUGUAAGUUUGUUAUACUAAAAUUCUGUUUCUUUCAAGAUCACGGUAGUGAACCAAGCUCUCCAAACACGGCACCGGAGAAUGUUCUAGAAGCAGCUGUGAAGGCACGGAGGGAAAAAGAUAAAGGAGGUAUGUUCAAAGCUCAAAAAAAGUCAAAUACUUGUUUAUUCUAGAUUUUGUGGAAAAGUGUUAUCUUCCUUAAAGUCUGUAGUAGUAUCAAUUACAGAGUGCAUCGAACUACCAAAUUUGACGCACUACAAGGACCAAGGCCAAACGCCGAACUUUUCAGGAGACGAUCCAAAAUUUUAAUUUGGGUGGAUCGAAAUAUUAUGUUAAUUUUUUCUCAGUUGUGUUUGGUCUACCCUGGUUGAGUACAAGACAGACAUCGAACUUUUCAUGAACUUAAUCUGCCCAAUUUAGUUUGUCUCUUGAAAAGUUCGACGUUUGACCUAGGCUUUAGUUUCUCUCCGUUUAUGAAGUUGAAUUGUACUAAAACCAGUGCAAUACAAAUAUUGCGAUAUUUAUGCACUGACUGCAUGAGAAUGGGUGACUAUUUUUCGCCUGAAUCUCGCUUAAAGAAUUUUGACAGCUUUUGUCCUGAUUAUUUCUUAGAAGACACCAGCUCAAGUGCAGCUGCUCCCCCACCACCCCCUCCUCCCAUGGGAGCACCACCACCCCCACCGCCACCUCCACCUCCACCACCACCCCCUCCUCCGUCGUCAGUUCCACGUCCACCAGCUUUGGGAGGUCCCGGAGACACAAUGCAGCUUAAGAGAGUGAACUGGGAAAAACUGAGCAUAGCAGGACUGGAGAAUACAGUUUGGGCACGGGUAAGCCUCUUCAGAAAACGUUACCCGUUAGUAUGUGUAAUCAAAUGGUGACAAGUGAAAUUAUUCCCUAAUUUCACGAGUAUACCAUUUGAUUACCUAUUAAUAUCAUGGGUGACGAGUUACCUUAGCAAUCUUGGAUUUCUGACAUGUUUAUCCGGGAUCGUAUCGAUCGAGAACUCAACUCUCUCGAACGUUUAGAGCUUAAAUUUGGCUUAAGUUCAGAAUUUUUCGACAAAAUACCUGUUAGAAUCCUUCUUGAUGUGCUCUUUCGUGUGUUCAGGUUUUCUAAAGGGUCUUUUUAUGCCCUGGCGUCUUCAUUCAUGACAUUUUAAAACUUCGUCGCCAUCUUGAUACUGAGACGUACGGAAGGUUGCCAUGGCAAUUUUGUAAUUUCAUAUGUGAAAUUACAAGUUAUCGCUGAAAUUUCGCGGCAAAAUUAAGGAGUAAUUCGUCACCUAUGAUAUUAAUAUAAUAAUAAUAUGGCGUAAUCAGUGACAUUAACACACACAUGUAAGUACUUUCAAGUUUACUGUGCAGUUGUUGGCGUGAAUGUUUACUUUUAUUAAAGCUUAGCAAUAAAUGUUCUUUCUUUUGUCUUCAGUUGGGGACAAAUGAACCAUCAGAGGAGGUCAUAGAGUUUAUCCAACUCGAGCAAAGUUUCAGCGCCAUACAAAAGGCAACAAGUAUGUUUUAUUCUUACGACCCCUUUAAAUUUGAGGUAAUAUCGCGUGGUAGAGAGCUAUUGAUGUUCGUUUUGCUAUAUUUUUUCUUUUAGCUAAAGAGGAAAAGAAACCCCAGAAACCAGCAAUAAUGAACCCAAGAAAAACUUACAACAUCGGUAAGAGUUAAAAUUUUGUUAUUAGUUUCUCAUUAGUUUUUUUUUUGUGUAAAAAUUUUGCCAGGUAUGAGGAAUGAGGUCAGGUUGGAGUAGUAGGAGAGAGUUUUGUGGUGAGGGUUGUAGUUGCUCAGAGUGCUGCGUAUAAGAAAUUGUGUCUAUAGAAACUGUGUCCGUGCGAUAUUUGCUCUUCUCCAUUUUGUUAUGUGGCUUUUUGCAUUUUAACGUUGUUAACAAAAGACUGAUUGUUCUAAAUUUCAGCUAUUCUUUUGGGUCAUUUGAAAAUGCCUUUUGAAGAAAUCAAAAAUGCCCUUUUAGCGAUGGACCAGAAAACAUUCAGUGAGGCACAUUUGAAGCAGCUUCUUCUGUACGCUCCAGACAGUAAAGAGGUAAAAAUUUUGCAGAUUUAACCAUUUUUUUAACAGCGAAGUUUAAACUUGAAGCACUUUCUCGUCCUUGGUGCGAUAACCUCUCAGGGCCGGUAUGCAGUGACGCUUGCCUAUUUCUUUCAAAAACAGGAAAACGAAUCUAAAGGCCGUAAUUGAAAAAGACAGCCUUAAAUUAUCUUGCCAUAAGUUUAAAUACUUUCGUGGCACUGUUGCAGUGUACAGUGUGAGCACUUUUCAUCCAAAUUAAUUUGUAAACAUCGAGGUAGUUCUGGAUUGGACAUCUUCCAGGCCAAAUUACACCAUAGGACCGUAUAAAUCCUCGGCUUACGGUCGUUCCAUUUUUGCGAGAUAUGACAGCCUCAGACUGCGAGCGGAGUGCACGCGCGCGGAGGCGUCGAGCGGACGCGAGAAACGAGGGCGCCUUCAGUCGCGUGGGUGUUCAUUUGCGUGUCUCGAGCGUGUCGCUCUCUUUCACGGACUAAGAAAAAAGAGAGGCUGCUCGUAGUCUAUGACAGCCUAUGGUCCAUUAUAUUUUAUUUAUAUUUUAUUUACCUAUUUGUUUGUUUUGCAGUGUAACAAAUAAGAUAAGAAAAGUUCGGCCAUUUUUCAGUGGGUUCUUAUCUACUCAGUCUCACUCGCCCGAGCUACAUGUCUAAUGAGAUAAAGAGGAUUCCUCGUUAUUUUCUCACAGCGUACACCAUUUAUUAUAUAACCUUUCGCGGACUGCAUGACCAUGAAGAAGCCGGCAAAACUGAUGCCUGUUUGAAGUUAAACUUGUUUAUUUGUUUUUAAGCUUUUUUUUCUUGCUGGGCUACCGCAUACUUAAACUUAUCUUUUAAUUUCUCUUUUUCAGCUUCAAAAAUUCAAGUAUUUUGCUGAUGAUGUCACUAAGCUGGACAAAGCGGACCAAUUUUGUUACGAGGUAUCUGUUGCCUUUUUAUCUUUACGUUUGUCUCUCACAAUAUCAGUAUAAAAACAAGCAAACAUUUUAUCGUUGCUAGUUUUCCAUGUAUGGAGUAUACAAAGACGCACUGACGUCAGGCUAGUCAGUGUAGAUAACGAUUCAAACAUGAAUGUAAAACUCUACGUAAGGUUGGCUGGUUUUUUUUGGUCAUUUUGAACCCGAAAAACGGUUACAGUCAGGAGAUCUCGUAAUAUUUUUUAAGAGAGAAUUGUUUCACCUUGCUGUUGAUUUAUUGCAGAUGAGUAAAGUUCCUUGGUAUAAACAAAGACUGAAAGCGUUAUUAUUCAAGGCUCGUUUCGCUGACAAAGUGGAGGAAAUCAAGCCGGUAGGAGUUGACGAAAUAGGGAUCUACUUCGUAACCAACUUUGUAAACCCUUGAACCUUCUGUUGUUUCCAGUUGUCGUUCCCUUUAAAGUGCAACUAAGUGCAAUAAAAACAAUGCCCGCUCGGUGUUGGAGAUGAAGUUGGGUAGAGUGGCGAUUAGUCCCCCGAUCUGGGUGUCCCGUAGACUGAUCACUAGCACACUAGACAUGUAACAUAGUUCAUUUUUUAAGGCAUGAGUCGAGACAAGCACCGUGCACAUUUAACGUCCUUAGGCGGCCGUUUAACGAAAUUGUGCAACCGAUGCAAUAUCUCUGAACACUACGGGUUCUUCAUACUGCCUUUUCUCUUUUCAACCGUGGGUACCGCAUUCGAUAUGACUUUGUUUCAACGAAGCAACAGUAUGUUUAAAGUUUGGGCUUAGGCACUCGCAGCAUUUUCUGCGUCGUACAUUAAUAUUCUUUGUUGGAUUUCUUUCUGUCUGUGCAGGAUCUUGAGGCCGUUCUCGAGGCUUCAGAAGAGUUAAGGAAGAGUCCAAAACUGAAAAAAAUUCUUGAGGUACGUGUGGAAGUAUCUUGUGGCGUGCAGAUGAUUUUCAAAACGCUUUGCGCGUUGACUACCCGCUCAAACACGGACGCUGCUUCAAUUUUUUCAAUUUUUGACCGCUCUUGGUAAUGGUGGAGUGAAACAUCUCCUUUGGGACGCCCUAUUCAAGGGACACAAAAUUUGGCCCCGGAAAAAAAUGUUCACAUACACUGUAAUAUUUGUAUCUGUUACCUCUAUUGAAGGAACACCUCUACUCAGGGGAAAGGAACACUUUUUCUGGUCCCGAAACCCAGGUUUAACCUCCAUUAGCACACAAAACGUGACUGAUCAUAAAGAGGGUUGAAAACUUUAAGUGCAAACUCAAAUCACAAUGAUGUCAGCUUUCACAAACUGAACUAUCUCGCUGAAAUCAAUGUUCUUUGGAAACUCAACAAUUAAUGUCGCUGAGACAAGUUUAUCAUGAUUUAUUUUUACAUUAUGUGGCUGCGUUUAAUGACUGCAGCAGACUCAGAGGCAGAAUAAAAAAGUAAAAAUAUUACCUUUGUUGAGACAUAAUGCGAUCAACAUGUCACGAGCACGGGAAUAAGAAAAAAAUCUGGGUCCCCGACAGGAAUUGAACCUAUGAGCUCCCGUACACCGGUCGGAUGCUCUAACCACUGAGCUACGAAGGACUCGAGGCGAGCUGUUCAUGUAUGACAUGCGUCCUGCGUCCUGCUAGGAUCAGUAAUGUCGAAAUCGUCAUGUGUGUGAUAAAUAAAGAAAGAUGGUAAUUAUUAACAAACCCCCAGUCCAACCUCUCUUCAGGGGACACUUGCCUUGGUCCCGAGGGUGUCCCUUGAAUAGAGGUUCCAUUGUAAUAACUUGCGAAACAUGGAGAAAAUAACGAACGGAAGGGAAGGGAGGGUGAUACGUAUUUAAUUCUAAGACGUACAAGGAUUGCUUAUUAUCCGACUGAGGAAGAGGUCCGUAACUAUUUUCAUGAAUAAGUGUAAAUAUAAAGUUAUUUAGUAAUUGUUGUUUGUCAUUUUAGUUGGUUUUAAAAAUGGGUAAUUACAUGAAUAAAGGAAACAUGAGAAUAGGAUCCGCUGCUGCUUUCAAGAUUGACUAUCUGAACAAGGUAAGUUGGCCCACAAUUUUAGAUGUACAGUUAUUCCUUUUUGAGAGGAGUAGUAACAACACUUAACUUAAGAAUUUGCCCCUAAUGAGCAGAAAUCAAUGUGUGUUUGCAUUUUUACUUGACAAUGACCGAGUACGAAUCCUGUCAGUUUCUGAGUAAACCUGUCUAUCCAAAGCAGACAAACGUUAAGACGCGGAUACGAAGCUUAACCUGUGGUCAGGCGGUCCUUCCUUUUUUGUCCGCCGACGCCUGGUCGCAGGUUAACAGGAAGCUAGGCAUUAUGGUGAAGAUGAGUUCGAACCACUUAAGUUAAAUUCAGAAAAACAUUGAACGGUUUUGUGUGGCGUAAGUUUUUGUUUUAUUCUUUCUCCAGAAUAGACGGAUUUGUCUCGAUUUUUUCGCUAUUGCUCUGAAAGUGUAAGGCCGCCACGUCUUGAGCUAUGGUUCAUGGCAAGGGUAGAAAUGAAUUAAAACUAGAAAAAAACCGGAGCAACUUUAACAAGCCGGUUCAGUAAUUUUUGAUCGAGAAAAAAUUAGUUUCAUGUGGAAAUAGUACUAUAGAGGUUUUUUUGAGUGGAUAUGCCAUAGGAUUUCCUCCACGGUGUGACUGUAAUUAGUGAAACAGCGAUUUAAGCGGUAAAAUGUUAAUGGCUCCUGUUUUGUUCUCUCCAUAAUGUAGCUUAGUAACACCAAAACUUCAGACAACAAGUCAACUCUUCUUCACUUUUUGGUUCAAACAAUCGAAUCCAAAUGCCCCGAGGUUUUAAACAUUAAGGAUGAACUACCAUCGGUGCAAACUGCAGCCAAAGGUAUGAAUUCUCUUCUGUGUUGUCUAGGAUAAAAUUUUGUUGUAACUGUAUACGAACUGUCUUCACAGGAUUGCUGUAUUUUAUUAUAAAUAAGAUGGUUAUACGAUAAAAACGCAGGUAGCUGACGAAGUAAGGGGAAGAUUUGUUAAAGUGAUCAGGUCAGCGUCCUCGCUGCAAUGGCGAAUCUCCCCUUGUAACAGUUUUUGUGCUUUCCCAUGUGCGAAGUCGUAAAGUAAGUACUCCUAUUCCAACGAACACAUAUACUAUUUAGCAUGCUGAUUUGAGAACCACCGGAACUAUACGGAAAAGUUUUCCGUUCUGUUCUGUGACAAUACAGUCGUUCUGCUUCAGUCCUUCACAGGUUACUUUUCGCGAUUUGUUGUGAGGGAAAGAUGCUUUCAUUUAAAUAUUUGUUUAUUUUCUUAAGUCGUGGCUGACAUUUGUGACUAUUUAUGUUAGUUUCAGGACAAAUGGUGUCUUGUGAAGUAGAGGAAUUAUCGGGCGGAAUGAAGGUUUGUGUGUUUAGUUUUGCAUGCAUUUCAACUUGAAGAGGUUUUCACCACGCAAGUGUCGUCAAUACGUAUGCAAUCACAGGAUAACAAUUCCUCGUUGUUUUUGAAGUCUUUUGUUAGUCUGCUACACAGCCGUUUUUAGAGUCGUCACGCAACGCUCCUCCCCACUAAGGAGGGGAGGAGCUUUGCGUGACGACGCUAAAAACGGCUGUGUACCAGACUACUAUUUUGUUGGCUAACGGGCAUUUUGAGGAUGGUGUGUCACGUGGUACAAUGCCGUGACUGCUGCGACGGAACAACAAAAAAGGAAAUUACCAUUUUUAUGAUCUGAGCUCUUUUUUUUCCAGUGUGGUCCUUGCGUUUCAUCAUGGCGGUUUUGUACUACGUGACUGGCCGUCUGCAAAGAAUCCAUUCAUGGCAUUUCCAAAUCGUCCUUAUGUAUUUAAGGGCGAUGACUCAGUUUCUGGAUUUGUUAACUCUUGUGACUUAUGAUAUUUAUUGCUGUUUUGUAGGAGUUACAGUCUGACCUUGGAGCCUUUAGAUCGCUUAAGUCUCAGGAUCCCAAUGAUCGCUUUUCACAGGCAGUUAAAGUAUGAGUCCAUUCCAUUUAUUGUUUUAUAAUUUCAAGGUUAGCUAUCUCUUAUAUGAACCCAAAUACACUCUUUUUUUUUAUAAGAAUAUAUUUUAUAAGAAUGUCGAGGUUGAAAUCUGCGAAAUUUUAAGAACAUUAUAAGAAUAAACCCGGGACGCGAACUUCUUGUGUCCGCCAAUGAUUCAUAGAAUGCCCUCCUGUCUUGCUUAAGACGCGCGAAGUUAAGACGAAAUUUUUUAUUUUCGAUUUAUUAAUGGCACAGUUCGUGUUAUUUGAGACGCGCCUUAUGUAAGACCUUCUUAUUUUUUCCCGUUUCAGCGGCCCUAUUAUGUUAAAUCAGUGGGUACUGAAACCGUUUCUUUUGAUCUUGAUCUUCUAGAGUAUAAUCGAUGACACUGAAGGUGAACUGAACGAGCUGCUAAGCUUACAAGAGAGAUCAAGAAGCGAGUUCCGUGAAACGGUGAAAUUCUUCGGAGAGAAAGAAACUACCGCAACCACGGAAGACUUCUUCGGCAUUUUUGCCGCUUUUAUUAUGAAUUUUGAGGUGAGUGACCAUUGCGUCUCUUUCAGUAUUAAAAUCUUUGACAGCUCGUUCAGCAUGAUGGUGAUUGUUCUUUCAGUUUUAAGGAAGCGUGUAGGUCUGUCUUUCUGAAGGUAAAUGAACUCUUGGAGGGAAGGCAACUUGAGACUCUGAGGGAAGAAAGCUGACAGCUUUCAUAAUAGUGGUAAAGAUGACUGACAUGCUAGAGUGUAUAGGACUGAGGGGGAGAAGGGUGGCCUGGGUGGGGUUUCUCCGCCGCUUACUUAUACACAUUGUGUUGUUUGGGAUGGAGCAUACUUCGUAUUUGUUACGUCUCGAAGGACAGACCAACGUUUUACGAAAAAAAGGAACAAACAAACAAAAGUCUAUAAGAACAUUAAAUUAGUAAAAAGACCUUGCUAACAUCGACGAAUUGUUUCGUUGUGGUCAGAUUUCUACGAAUCAAUCUUUCCUUGCAUUUUGCUUUAGUAGAUCUGAUUUAUUACCGUAAACUCAGCGUUAAAUCAUCUCCAACUUGUUUUAACACCUUGUCAACAAAGCAGAUGGUAAAUAAGUGUUGAGCUGUGAUGUUAUCUUAUUCUGCAGAAGGCGCACGCUGAAAAUGUCACCAAGUUGAAACUGAAGGCAGAGCAGGCAAAGAGAGAGCAACAGAAACAGGUUUGCAUUUUUUUUCCUGCUAUGAAUCAUAAUCCCGCCCUUUAAAAGCGCGAUAGUCAGCAAGUUAUUGGAUGAGAAUGAGCAUGAUAGCGGUAAUUAUCAAGGCUAAGGUCGUAUUAUUUGCCUAAGCCUAAGUCUGAGGCGGAUAACGCAAGUUGCCUUCAGUGAUAAUUCUCGUUGUCAUGCGAAAACGGAAACCAGUAAACGUUUUAUAAGGCACUUAUACGAGCAUAUGUUAACCAGAACGUUCACAAGAAACAUACACAUCAAACGACACAUCAACUUGCUCCCAACUUUUUAAAGCGUUAAACCUCUUGUUCAGUUUUGUUCGCUAUAAAAAAUUCAAUUAAUUACCUUCGCAUAUUGAUUAACAAAAAGCUUUUUUCUGAUCGACUUAGGAACGUGCAAGGCAGAGGAAGAUUUCCAUGGAGCGCAGCAUGAGUGACCCAGUUAUGGAAUCUAAGCAAGAAUUAAGAAAAGCUGUUGAGGCAGUGACACGUAAGCCGAGUGGUGAUCUAUCGCCUACAUCUCCAUCAUUCAGUGGGCCGCGUUCACCCACUUCUCCGUUCGUCAAUGACGAAGUGUCACCUCGCUGGCCUUCUUCUCCAUCUUUAAAUGAGUCAAUGUCACCUCGCUCGCCUUCUCCGGCGUUUAGUAUGUCGCUGUCACCUCGUUCUCCUCGAGAAUCAGUGUCCCCACGUUCGCCGACUACUCCUUCAAACAGUGGAACUGUUAGUAGCCCAGAAGUAACUAUUUUGAAGGCGAAUCCGACGCUUGUUGAGUCAGAACCAGAUGGCUGGACUGUUGUGAAUGUUAACCGUGGUUCUCCGACAACACAAAACCCCUUGUCGCGUUCCUUCGAGAAGGAAAAACCAUCGGUAUCUCCGAAACCAAAACCAGUACCGCCUGUCAAACCAAACCCGAAAUCCCCAGUUCCUGAUCGCGUUAAUUCUGGCAAAAACUUUACCUUCUUGGCCAAAACCCCAAGUGAACUUGUCAACAGUAAUAAAGAAGAGAGGCCAAAGGAAGCCGAGGCAGAGGUCGUCAUUAAGAUUGAGAAAACGUACAGUGACUAUGCAGAGGUUUUUAGUAGUGAUGCCGAAAGUAAAGUAGUUGUCACUUCUUCUCCUACUGGCGGUGUGAAAAGUAGGUUGUCGAUGUUCGAAGGCGGAGGACCCGUCAAACCACUAGUUUACGCUAAACCAGAUAUGUCCCGAAAGAAAGCAGUGGUCAAAAAAACCGAGGAAAGUAACAAUGUAUUUAUAGCUGUUGAAAAUUCGAAGACCGAGGAGACGUCUGAAGAACCUCCGGCGCUUCCUGGUCGCCAUUAUACUGCAGAAGAUAUGGAAGAAAUGGAACUUCGCACAAAUAAUUCACCUUCGCAAGACUUGGUGGAAGGUACUUACGAGGUUGUAGAACCUCGAAGUAAUAUAAAACCUUCGUCUGUAGCACUACAGAAAAGGCCUCUCCCUUCGACGCCACCGGUUAACAAGCGUAUUGAAAGCAGGAAGGAUAUGCCACCAGCGCCGCCAAGCCCUUUCAAGGACAGGAUACCCCCUCCGCCAGUACGCAAUGUCAGCCUUUCCAGCGCAUCAAUUCCAUCUAAAGAAAAAUCGGACUCCAUUUACUCAGAAGUCCAAGUGGGUAGAGGCAGUCCAUCAGUUACAAGCGAAAGCCUGUACUCUACAGUUGAAGAUACUAGGGAAACAUCGGUUGCAAGCGAAAGCCCCUACUCGGAAGUUGAGGACACUAGAAGGAUAUCAGUUACAAGCGAAAGCCCCUACUCGGAAGUUGAGGACACUAGUUGGUCACCUGAAGUCUCGAGAAAGGCCAUGGAGGUUGAGGCGUAUUACACUACGGAUGUCGUACGUAAUUUACCCACGAAGGCUGGAGAAGUGCAAAAGCGUGGGCCCCCAUCUAUGCCUGCACCCUAUAGACAGAAGAAAACUAAAGAAGGUGAGCCGCUCGUGGCCAACAAGGCCCCAGCCAAACCAGCCCCAUAUCGACCGAAGAGUAUGCCAGAAAAUCUAUCGCAUUCAACCCCCUCCACAAGUGGGGAACAAGUUACGUCACCGGGAUCUCUCGAUUCUCCGCGUCACCCUGUUGUUGUACCUGGCUCUCCAAGGCUCCACAAUGCUAGGCUUGUUUUCGACUCGUCAUCGUCCUCGGUUUUUUCCUCUCCUGCGCUGGACAGCCCCCCAAAGUUUAAACCACCUCCUCCUCCACGUUUAUCAUCUGUGGCAGAUUCUACGAAGGAAGAGGCAACUUUCGAAGCGCGUGUUGCGAAUGUUAGCUUUCAUUCUCCGGUUAAUGGUCUUGCGGAACAAGAGGACAGCAGUGAAAUUCCUACUCGAGAUGUUGAUGCUUCAUUGCCUUCUUCCAAACCGUUUCGUCAGCCAAAACCUGAUAUCAAAACAAAACGGAACCACGUCAACAAAGAGAGUGCACCGCCGAACAUUAAACCUCCGCCACCUCCGAAGACAUCGUCUUUGGCUCCAAGAGCUUUUGGUGUUAAAUCCGAAAUAAAUACCACUGAUCGUGACAGAACUGAAACCAGAAACGGUGUAGAUUCUUCAGGGAUGAUUCCUCCACCUCCUUUGGCCUGGCUAGACGGUAAAGAUGAGCGAUCCGCGUCUACGACUAGUGUAGAUUCGUUAGACCUUAAAAUUGUUCCUCCACCACCCAUGCAUUUCAAAGAGCUUGAUCUAGUUGAAGUGCAAGCUAUUGCUCCACCAUUUGGAUGGCAAGAGAGAACUGACAAAAAUGGGAAUUUCAGAGCGCAGAAAGAAAGCUCUGCAAAAACUGCUCAGACACCUGACUUUGAUUUUCCCAUUGUUCCCCCUCCCCCGAGUGGACCUCCUCCGAUGCUGCCAGUGAGCGGAGCGGUUGACAACGACUUGGACUUGGUGCCCUCGCUUUUGUCUAACGGAUCAGGAGAUUUUAGCCUUAAUCUUGAGGAUAUUCUCGGAGAUCUUGAUAACUCUCUUACAUUGACAUCGGAUCAUUACUAUGGGGCCUCAGACGACGAGGAUUCCUUGCCACCUGCUCCUCUACCCCCAGGGGAGCGCUAUUUUGGCGUACCACCUCCUCCUGGGGAUGGAAUAAUGAAGCCUCUGGUACCUUCACUGAGGAAGCAAAGAUAGCACUCUCUGAUGCCGAAGAAGCCAAAGUUCUGGAAUACUUAACCUUAAUAAGAUAGGCACUGUGUGGAAAUUAUGUCCACCACGAAUGGACUGAAAAGCCCAUAAAAGUCCAUAAUCUGGUCUUAAGUGCUCCUUGAAUAAAAAAAGAACGAUUGCGUGGUAAUAUUUAAGUGAUAAGCUAAGAGUUCAUAAGGAUAGGCGAGCAAGUUUCACCCUCGGUGCAUUUUGUGUUGCUUCUGUUUUGCUGCUACCUAAAUAAUCGAAGUGGAAACCGCACGCCCAUGCAACUCAACGAGACUUGAUGUAAAGGAAUCAAGGGCAACUGUUUUCAAGUAAUUGUUUAAGAGCUUGCAGAUUUUUGCAAGCCUGUUUUCUGCUGAUUACCGCCUUUGAAAUACUACUUUUACCAACAAGUAGUAAAAUCUUCCACCAAUUAACCUAUUUGAUUAUACCGAAGGGAGGUUUACUUUGAGUGUGGACGCAAAACGUUCUUCUAAAAAUAGUAACAAAACAGGGACUGGGAUCCAAAAGAAGAAAGGUGUAAAAAAAAGUAGUGGCUCGUAAUUAAGCUGUAAUUUGCUUAAUUACGAUGUGGUGCUUUUCUAAGAGGUUAUUAGUAAAACAAGAAUUUAAUUGUAGGUUUUUUAUUCUUGGCGCGAUGCAGCUUUUUAUAAUUAUGCGUAUUUAUGCUAUAAGAAUAUAGUUAUUAGUUAUUUGUAUUAGUCGAGGAUAAACGAUUGAAUUUAGUUGCAUUCAAAACUAAGUAAUUUUAGGACCUCUUGUUUAGCAUUUUGAGCAGAAGUUUUCUAGAAAACGUUUACAGUAUUGUAAGCUUAAUCUGGCGGUAACUAAGGUUAUCUAGGAUAUAGAUGUGAACUUCGACCACUUAAGUACACUAACAAACUCCUCAGUGCGGUCUAUAGACUGUGUCGUUUAAAUCAGAGUAAAUUCUAUUGUACAGUUAAUUCUAACUUGUAAAUACCCAGAGGUGUGCAGAGCUUAUUUUCUAACAUUAAAACAAAGUGUGAAUUUUUUUGGCAAAUAAAUGAUGUUCUGGCGGAAAGUUAUCUUUAUUUAGCAUUAGCAAAAGGCAAAAAAUAUAUAUAGUAUUUAUUCGAUUAACCGCCCUGGGCGCUUAUUAAAUUUUUGGACCUUGAUAGUGGGCGCUUAUUCGGGGCUGGGCGCUUAUUAAAUUUUCACCAUUUUCGACAAGUGUAGUAUGUAUAUUUUGCAAGAAAACAGUAAUGGUAAUAACAAAACGCGAAGAUGUAACAAAGCAAGGUUUCUGCAAAACAGUCUGAAGAAAACUCCGUCUUCGGGGAAGUCUCUUAUUAGUACUUAUUCCUUUUUGGGGGGUGGUAUUGGGAAGGGAGUGGGCGCUUAUUUGAGUUUGAGUAGGAGUGGGAGGGAGGUGGGGUGGGGGUGGGCGCUUAUUCGAGGCUGGACGCCUAUUAACUUUUUCUCCCUUUAGGAUGGGCGCUUAUUCGAAUAAAUACGGUAGUUAGCUUGUAAAAAAGGUUGCGACAAAGUAGCGUCGACG